GACAUCCCGUCCGCCACCACCACUACCAUUACCAACCACCACCACCACCACCACCACCAGCGGCUGCGAGGCCAGCAACGGAAUCGACAUCCCAUCCUUUGCUCCGCACUCUUUGGCGUGUCCCCAUUGGCAGUCGCCUCACGCUCGCAUCGCCGCCGCCGCAGUUGCAGCCUCGUCGUCCGGCGUCACCACCACGCGAGGCACGGCCGCCCAAGGAAGACUCGGCAUCCGCCUGUGUAAUUUUUCUGCCGUCCCGCGAGUCUUUGCCUGUCCGCUUGCUCCCCCCUUGCUUGCUUGUCCCGUCCGUCCGCCGGCACGGCUUGCUCAACGGCCCCGUUCCUCAACUCGACCUCGUCAGCCGGGCACCUCGUCCUGCCUCCCGUCUUGUCGCAUCACCACACCACCGCCACCUCCAACACGGCCAUCACUGCCAUCUCGAUUCGCACGGCGCGCCCCCACAAGAUCCUGACUGAGAUCCUUCCCAGGCGCUGUUCGCAGCAAGCCCCGCCUGAGGCGCCCGCGACCACCUCUCCUGCCGGCACAUCUUGGUGGGCAUCCCGUGCCACCAACCGGCCACCAUGAGCUUCAACGUCGACUCACCUAACGAGAUGGUGGUGGAUACGGACGAAUAUGUCGGCGAUGUCCCCGAAAAGGACCCUGUUGCUAUAAUUAGCCCUGACGACAACGGCGAGUCUGAUCAGCAGCUCCAGGACUUGCCUUUGGCCAACGAUCACGAAGCAAUGAAGGAGCUCGCUCUUCCGCCGUUAUUGGACGAACCCAAGAUUCUCGGCGACUUCGAGCAUACAUGGACGGUUGAAAACUGGCGUGGUCUCGGCAAGAGGGAACAUGGUCCCGUCUUCCAUGCUGGCGGCAACCCUUGGCGCAUUUUGCUAUUCCCUCAUGGCAACAACACGGAUCAGUGCUCCAUAUAUCUUGAGCACGGUUUUGACACAAACGCUAUCCCCGAGAAUUGGAGCUGCUGCGUCCAGUUUGCCCUCGUGCUCUGGAACCCCAACGACCCUAGCCUCUACGUUCACCAUGCAGCUCACCAUCGUUUCACCAAAGAGGAAGGCGACUGGGGUUUCACACGUUUCGUCGAGCAUCGGCGGAUGUUCAAUGUUCCCUGGGAGCAUGGCAGUCGUCCGUUGUGCGAAAACGACACCGCAAACAUCACCGCAUACUUGCGGUUCGUCGAGGACGAGACCGGCGUUCUAUGGCACAAUUUCGUCAACUAUGACUCCAAAAAGGAGACUGGCUACGUUGGUCUCAAGAACCAGGGCGCCACAUGCUACCUCAACUCGCUUCUCCAGUCGCUGUACUUUACUAAUGCCUUUCGCAAGGCUGUGUACGAGAUUCCGACGGAAAACGAGCAAAGCAUGCAGAAUUCUGCGUAUACUCUCCAGCGACUCUUUUAUCAGCUCCAGACCUCCGAACAGGCCGUCAGCACCAAUGAGCUGACCAAGUCGUUUGGUUGGGAGACCCGGCAUAUCUUCGAACAGCAAGACGUCCAGGAACUCUCCCGCAAGCUCAUGGAGCGCAUGGAGGAAAAGAUGAAAGGUACCAAGGCAGAAAAUGUCCUGUCGCACAUGUUCAGCGGCAAGAUCAAGACAUACAUUUCUUGCAUCAACGUGGACUACGAAUCGAGCCGCAUUGAAGAUUUUUGGGACAUCCAGUUAAACGUUAGCGGAAACAGGGACCUGCGCGACAGUUUCCAAGACUACGUUCAAGUCGAAAAGAUGGACGGCGAGAACCAAUACUUUGCCGGUGACCAGUUCAAGCUCCAGGACGCCAACAAGGGCGUCAUCUUCACCGGCUUCCCCGAUGUUCUUCACCUCCAGCUCAAGCGCUUCGAGUACGACAUUCAACGGGAUAUGAUGAUGAAGAUCAACGACCGAUACGAGUUCCCUGACGUUUUCGACGCCGCUCCUUUUCUGACAGACGACGCCGAUAGGUCAGAGGCCUGGACAUAUCAGCUGCACGGUGUCCUAGUCCACAGCGGUGACCUUAAUGCCGGACACUACUACGCGUUUAUCAAACCGGAAAAGGAUGGCUGGUUCUACAAGUACGAUGACGACAAAGUCACGAGAGCGACGACAAGGGAGGUCAUGGAAGAAAACUAUGGCGGUGAAUAUCGGACGCCAAAUGGGUACCCUCGCGCACCGCUGCAGAAGAAGGCACCCAUCAUGCGCCAGAACAGCGCGUACAUGUUAGUGUACAUUCGCCAGACCAGAGUGGACAAGAUCCUAUGCCCGGUCACAAAAGACGACAUUCCCCGUCAUCUGCAGGAGCGAUUCGACGAAGAGAAUGCGCUGAGAGAAGCUCGUCGACGCGAACAGCGAGAGGCACACUUGUACAUGAUGGCCAAGGUCAUUACUGACGAGACAUUUCGUCACUAUGGAAGCACGGAUCUCUGCGCAUUCGACGCCAACCCUGAAGUCGACCCUUCAGCGCCACGUUCUUACCGUAUCCGUCGCACCAUGACGAUGGAAGAGUUCACCAAUCUGGUUGCAGAGGACAUCGGGCAGGAUCCCCGCAAGGUCCGACUUUGGCUCAUGGUCAACAGGCAAAACAAGACAAUCCGUCCAGAUCAGCCGAUUAUGGAUCUGCGGCCGACGGUUGAAGAGGUCUACACUCGCUCAGCCGCCCACCGCGACACAAGCUUGCGGGUUUGGGCUGAAGUUGCCGAGGAAUUGAACGCCGAUGGUGAGCCCGUCUGGCCGUCAUACCAGAGCCAAACCAACGGCGUCGUAGUCAAGAACGACACGAUCUUGCUGUUGCUCAAGCAUUUCGACAGCACCGAGCAAACUCUCAAGGGUGUCGGCCAUGUCUAUAUUGGCAAGGAAAGGAAGGUCGAGGAGCUGGUUCCCUUGAUCUUGCAGAAGAUGGGCUGGGGCGAGAAGUUGCCAGCUGACGAAAAGCUCCUGCUCUGGGAGGAAAUCAAACCGAUCAUGAUUGAGCCACUGAAACCCAAGCAGUCUCUCAAGGUUGCUGAGCUUCAAGAUGGCGACAUCAUCUGCUUCCAACGGACGUCUGAGAAGGCGGAUGGUGAUUCUGCAAAGUCCCUGCAUGAGCCGCUGCGUACUAGCGAGUACUUUGAGGAUGCGCGAGAGUAUUACGAUUUCCUGGAGCACAGGAGAACGGUUAGGUUCCAUCCUCACCCCACCAGAUGCGAUCAGGACCAGUACCCUCCGUUCGACCUUGUCCUCAAUGCCAAGAUCAACUAUGACACCUUGUCCGAGCGUGUCGGUAGCUAUCUCUCGGUCCCUGCUACGCACAUUCGCCUGUGGACGGUCAACGCCACGACAAACAAUCCCAAAGCUCCUGUGAGACGAGGGACCAACCCGAGCUUGCGGCAGAUCCUGAAUCCGAUGGGCUCAACCACGCUCAGUUCGACGCAGCGAAACGACGCUUUCUACUUCGAGGUGUUGGAGAUGAGCCUGGCAGAGCUGGACACCAAGAAGAGCGUGAAGCUCACUUGGCUCAGCGAAGGCAUCACCAAAGAGGAUCACUUUGACCUCUUAGUACCUAAGACAGGGACUGUCGAGGACGUAGUUCAAGCUCUCAUCAAGAAAGCGCAACUCCCUAACGAAGCCGAAGGCGGGCCGAUCCGGAUCUAUGAGGCAAGCACGAAUCGGUUUUAUCGGGAACCGUCGAGAGACAGCUCCGUCUCAAACCUAAACGACUACACCCAGAUCUACGCGGAACGCGUCCCCGCGGAUGAAGUGGGUAUUGAUGAGAAUCAGUUCAUCCACGUCUUCCAUUUCCAGAACGAGGUCAACCGGUCUCAUGGCAUCCCGUUCAAGUUUUUGCUCAAAGAAGGCGAGAGAUUUGCCGACACCAAGAAACGGCUGGAGAAGCGCACUGGUCUCAAGGGCAAGAGCUUCGAGAAGAUCAAGUUUGCCAUUGUGCGACGGUCAAACUACUCCAAGCCCGUUUAUAUCAAUGAUGACGACGAGCUCCACGGCAAUACCUCGUCCGAGGACGACUUCUUGGGGCUGGACCACGCGGAUAGAACGAGGUCACUGCGUAACGGUGUCGGAGACCUGUUCCUUCGUUAGCUUAUGCAGACGGACGGGGCAGACGGACACAGCGUUGCCUGACCGCAAGGGGCGACCCGCCUGGAUGAUAUCGGCGUCUGGCUGGUGCUGGAGUCUUUUGCAGUGGCAUAAGGGUCGUGUUCCUGCAUGAAGAAAGGCGGUGAGGCGGUGCCCGCCGUAGUCGCGCCCGGCUGUGGCCUUGGCCGUGGCUGACGGCGACGAGCGGAGGCGGGUGCAGCAAAGCUCUGAAAGCUGCCGGAGGGCUGGACAUGGGCGGGGAUGUAAGCUUGUUGGUAUAGAAGUACAUUCUUUCUACCUACCUACGUAACGAGAGUCGUUGCGGCAGCCCCGCAAUAGAGGAGCCAGCAAUAAAUGCAAAAGCGCGCGUUCGCUAUGAC